AUGGCCUCCGGCUCUUUUCAGUCACAAUGGGCUUUCCCCUCGGGGAUGGAUUCGCAGAAUGACGGCGAUAGGAGUGGCGGCCAACAACCACGCGACGCUGCCAGCACCUCGGAAGCUUCGUCCCAGGGACCCACGCCUACACAACGGCAGCGGCAUUACAAGCCACGAACGUGCCGCAUCUGCCUGGAGGUUGUCAAUCCCACCACUGAGCUGGACGAUUCGCUUGCCGGCCGGCUCUUCUCUUCCAAGGCUCGCGUGUACUACGUGUCCGAGGACCCGGAGCUUGGCCGGCUGAUCAGCCCCUGCAAAUGCAAGGGCUCCCAGAGAUACGUCCAUGAAGGAUGUCUCCGGGCAUGGAGGAAUGCGGCGCCAUUGUCGGACCGGAACUACUGGCGUUGCCCUACCUGCCACUUCGAGUACAGGCUUCAGCGCCUGCGCUGGGGCCGGUGGAUUUCGAGCAAGCUGCUCAGGGGCAUUCUGACCUUCUUCAUCAUGGUGGCCACCAUUUUCGUUCUCGGGUUCAUUGCAGAUCCCAUCAUCAACUUCUGGGUUGACCCGUUUGGCACCGUGGCAGAGACCCUUCUCACGGGCCUCAAGUUUGACGAGCCGAUUGUGGUCGACGAUGAAGCGGGAUGGUCGGCUCAUUUCAUGAAGGGGUUCCUUUCUCUAGGGCUUCUCGGCUUCCUCAAGACGAUGUUCGUCAUGUCGCCCUGGAAUUGGUUCAACAUCCGGGUUGGUGGGCGCGGCCGCAGGCGUGGCACAGGGAGGGAUAGGAUGGAGCAGGUUAACUGGGCGCUUGUUGUCAUUGGGGUGAUCACAUUCCUAGGGGCGACUUGGAAGUUUGUCAACCACCUCACCGCCAAAACUCUCGAGAUGGCGAGUGAUCGUGUUGUCGAUGUCCAGGAGGACACUCCGGAUGACGACGAAGAGGACGACAUCCCGGAUGCCGGAGCCGGUCCUCAAGAGUCGAGGAAGGAUAGGUAG